GCCCAUUAUGCAUCCUUAAUUAAACGGCCCAAGUCUCCCUACCGCACGGCGACGAUCUUACUCCGACGAGUACAGAAGCAGGUCGCGGGCGAAUGCAGAAAAUGCUAGAAACAUCUGGAAAAAAUCUUUAAAUUCUCCUUUUCAUUUGCGAGGUUCCUGAUUGGGGAGCAGAAUUGAAAUUAUUGUGCUGAUUCAACGCUACAAACUGAAAUGCUAUGGAUGGUAUUGACGCUGAUAUGAUUGAGGCGGAAUCCUCCACCCCGCCGUCUUCCUCGCAUCCUCACCCUCCUCUUGGAUCAUCAUAUUCCAGUUCAGACCAGGAUGAAUUCGUCAGGAAUUUGCUCGCAAUGGCUCGCCGACUCAUCGAUCAAAACAUGCCAUCACAGGCUCUCCAAGCGGUGGUGGUGGCAAUAAGAUCAAGAGAUGGGGAAGAGGCUGUUCAUCAAUUGCUUAGCCGUGCUAGGGAGCUAUACAGUAAUAAAGUGCAUGCAAGUGCAGCUGCAGAUGAGUUGGCUUCUUUGUUUUCCGAAUUUGCUAUUACGCCUUCACAAACUGAGCCCUAUCAACGUGUAGAAAUAGACAAGAGUGGAACUUCAAUACUCUCAGAGACUGGAAGGAAACAGGUUAUGGAGGAUGCCUUCUCUGAUGGAAGUAGCUUCGUCUGUUAUCAGUGUGGGGGACUGGUUAGCACCCUCAGGAAAGAUGAGCACUACUCCUUCUGGUGUUGUAAGUUGUGACUUCGUCUAUGUCUUGUUAGUAGCAUCUUCACGUCGUGUCAGAAUAUCAAAUGCUGUAUUGCCAUCAAAGAGUUAAAGAGUUAUAUUGUUAAGAAUAUAAUGCAACCAGUAGAUUGAACACAUAUAGUGUUUUGAUCUCUUUGAGUGUAGUCAUCUCAUACAAUUUGUGCUUUGUACAUUUUGCAAGUUGGGAUUGAAGGUUUUGUGAGUGUACCAGAACUAAAUUUGUGCUGUAUGAAAUAAAAAAGGACUUG